GCGGCCGGCCCUCUGCAGUCAUGAGAGGCUUAUGGCGUGUCCGUGUAUAGAUACACGUGCGCUUGCGUGUGUAUAUAUCUGUGUGCCUGUGCGCCUAUGUAGAUGCGCGCAGGUGCGCGGGCAAGGCUCGGUGUGUGAACGCCCUCAGACAGGGAAAUCGGGAUGUGCCAGCAAAACCUCCGCUUUUUCUGGUAUCCUGUGUGUUUCCUGUCUCUGCUGCUACUGUAGGAAGCCGGGGAGUUGCUCUUUCCUGCCUGUUGGAGGUGCAGUGUUCUCCGAGAACUGGUGAGCAGAAAACUUGUUUUUAAUGAAACGUCCAGCACAUGCUGAGAAACAAGUCAGAAAAACCAGCGGAAAGCUAAUGUCAUCUGAAACACCCACAGCCGGUCCAGAGGCGCCGAUGGAAAAUACCCUGUUCCCUGGAGUUCCUGAUGUGGAAGGAAAGGCAAAGUCAAAUGACGGUCCAGUAGAGAGACUGGAGGCAGGCUCAGGCAAGGAAGAAUGCCUUGAGUCCAUGUCCAAGAGGCAAAGGAAGAAGCUGUUGAAGCAGAAGCAGUGGGAAGAACAGAAAGAUCUACGGAGGCAGAAACGAAAAGAAAAACGCCAGAAGAGAAAACUAGAACGUCAGUCAAAAUUGGAUUCCAGUAGUGAGGGAAAUGACAGAAAGUGCAUGCGCAGGGAAGUUGUUCCUAGCACACUUCGCCUCGUUGUGGACUGCAGCUUUGAUGACCUGAUGGUCUUAAAGGAUGUUAAGAAGCUUCACAAGCAGAUUCAGAGAUGUUACGCAGAAAACCGCAAAGCUUUUCAUCCUGUGCAGUUUUACUUGACCAGCCAUGGAGGACAGUUGAAGACCAACAUGAAUGAAAAUGACAAAGGAUGGGUGAAUUGGAAGGAUAUCCAAAUUAGAACAGAGCACUACAGUGAGCUAAUAAAGAAAGAAGACCUAGUAUAUCUUACCUCAGAUUCCCCAGACGUUCUCAGAGAGCUUGAUGAGAAGAAAGCCUACGUGAUUGGAGGACUGGUAGAUCACAAUCACCACAAGGGUAUUACUUACAGAAAAGCUGUAGAGCAGGGAAUUGGUCAUGCACAGCUCCCGCUUGGAAAUUUUGUCAAAAUGAACAGUCGGAAAGUUUUAGCUGUCAAUCACGUGUUUGAGAUCAUCCUUGCAUACCUGGAGAAGAGAGACUGGAAGGAGGCUUUUUUCAGUGUCCUGCCACAGAGGAAAGGGGCUGUUCCUUUGGGAGAAGCCAAUGAUUCGUCCAAACAUGCUCUGUCUGGAAAAGAAGAUGAAGACAAUGACUCAGACAGUAACUAGGCUUUAGAAUGAGAUGGUGAGAAAGAUGAGACAUGCAGUUUGUGGAAUAAAAUUGGGACAUGAAGUAGUUUUACUUCAAAGACUGUCUGCAGCCCUCACAGUGCUAAAUUGUCUCAGUGCUUGGUAGUCCCAGAACAGAGUUUUUGUGCAUGAAGGGUUAAGUUAAAUGCAGGUUUUUACCCUGAAACUUCAAUAUAAUAAUAACUUUUUUUUUAAAAAAAGGGAAGAAAUUAAUGGCAAAUGCAGCAUUUAUUUUUUUUUCCAGGGAAGCUGUUUAAUUUUUCUAAUAUUAUUUUUUAUACAUACCAAGUUGGGUGUAAAUGCCAAGAGCAUUAGUAGUUACUAUUUUAAAGUCUACAUUCUUGUCUCCAUUUCUGUUCAAAAGCUUUCUUAAAAGCAGUGAAUGAGAAGUGUUCCUUUGGCUCCAAAACCUGUACCACCAGUGCCUGCUGCAAAGUGCGCAUGAACACUCAAAACAAAAAUUCUGAUUUUCCUGAGCAUCUCAAGAGACAAUCACAAGCAACUGAACUGCCUGAUUCAUAUAUUGUGUUUAGUUAGCUGGGGUCAGUAGGUGAAGUAUAAAUGUGGGGUUAAGCCAGUGCUUUAUACUUGAGUUUGAGAGGGAUGGGUGUUAUCACAGGUGCAAAUCAUGUGUCUUGUCUGGCACAUGGUGCACACUGAGGUGACUUUUGAUUAUUUCUUCAUAUUCUCAGCAAAAUUUAUCACACAGCCUCAAAACAACACCAGGAGGGAGGAACUCUUCCUUACCGGUCACUCAGAUUCAGUAUUCCUGAAUGGCAUGAUCCUGUAUGUAUUGUAUUGUAUUGUCUAUAAAAUAUUUUUCCUUUAAAAAAAGUCAUAAUCUUAGUCUUGGCUGGAUGUUCUGAUUCUGACUCAUCAACUGACUUUGUUGCUUUGACGAAGUAGUGAAGUGGACACCUUGGAAGUGAGGCUUUGCUUCAGCCCUGUGAGGCUGCCUAUCCCUUUCUUCCCCAGGGAGUGACCAGGUAGCUGCAGUGUCUGAAUAAGUGCAGCUCUCACACAGGUUUCUCAUGCCUGAAGAGCAAGAGGACGUGGCAUCCUAAGUGUUCCUCUCUGCUGAGCUGCAGUCAGAGGGCUGAUUCAAGUAUGCUUUGUGCACAUUUUUCUUCCUCCCUUCGUUGUUACUGCUUUCAGGUGGACACUGCAGGUGGGAUUCCUGUGGGUCCCUAUGGUCUGUAAGAGCUUGGCAACCAACUGGUUAUGACUUACACACAGUACACUUCGCUCUAUACUUUCUAAAAGGCCAACAGAAAAGUUUCUUCUGUUAAAAGGAUGCAUUGUAGUCUCUUACUGAAGUUCCACAGGGCUUUUCUUAGGCUUUACAAAACCUUUUCUUCUUUGUUGCAGAAACUAGAUCAGCCUUUUCAUAAAAGCAUUGCUGGUUUUAUUUCUGUAACAAAAAAGGCAGCAUAAGUGUACCCAGCAUGUAUUACACUGUACACAGCAAUUACACUGAUUCUCUAAUUGAAAUGCAUAAAAUUGCAAGGAACUGCACCUUUAUAGCUGAGGUUCUGCAUGUUAAUGCACGUAGCACCUAUUAAACCUGAUCUAAGACUCA